AGACCCCCAAAUCUGUAAUUAUCUUAGGGAAACUGUAGGGGCUUAGACGGUACUUUCUGGUUCCUUUGCCUUUUCUUGGCCUAUCUCUCUUUGGGGCUGGAGAGCUGGUGUGUGUGUGUUUCCCUUACAGUGCCAAAAAAAAAAAAAAAAGUGCUGAAGAGUCCUAGGGAGAUGAGCUAUUUUUGUUCGAAGCUGAUACUUCUGCCUGAGCCACAAGUGCUGCUUGGAAAGGGCUCAGGUUGUUUCCAGGGGGGAGAACUCUGCAGAGAAGAGACAAAAAGUUCAACAGGACAACAAAGGAGCAGCAGAAACAGCCAGGAAAAGGAAGAGCCCUCACGCUUUCACACAGAGCCCCCUAUCAGAGUUCUCCAAACCUAAAUUAUUCUGCAAAGGGCCACUUGACCGGAAUUUUUGCCUGCUUUUUCCUUUCUCCAACCACCAUGACUGAGAUCACGGCUGAAGGAAAUGCAUCUACGACCACAACUGUGAUAGACAGCAAGAACGGAUCUGUGCCCAAAUCCCCUGGAAAAGUGAUGAAGAGGACAGUCACAGAAGAUAUAGUGACGACAUUCAGCUCCCCAGCAGCCUGGCUUCUGGUCAUUGCUCUGAUCAUCACGUGGUCAGCUGUGGCCAUUGUUAUGUUUGACUUAGUGGAUUACAGAAACUUUUCAGCAAGCUCUAUUUCCAAGAUGGGCUCAGAUCCUCUAAAACUUGUACAUGAUGCUGUGGAGGAAACCACGGACUGGGUCUAUGGCUUCUUUUCUUUGUUGUCUGACAUCAUCUCGUCUGAGGGUGAUGAAGAAGAUAAUGAUGAUGGAGACAAGGACACUGAUAAAGGAGAAAUAGAGGAGCCUCCCUUGAAAAAAAAAGAAAUACACAAAGAAAAGACUGAAAAGCAGGAGAAAACUGAAAGGAAAAUACAAACUAAAGUCACACACAAAGAGAAAGAAAAAGACAAAGAAAAAGGAAAACCUGAAAAGAAAGCAACUCACAAGGAAAAAAUUGAGAAAAAAGAAAAACCAGAAACAAAGACAGUGGCAAAAGAAGAGAAGAAAGCUAAGACUAGAGAAAAGACUGAAGAAAAGAUUAAAAAGGAAGUGAAAGGUGCGAAACAGGAGAAGGUGAGGCAAACAGCUGCAAAAGUAAAAGAAGCACAGAAAACAUCACCUAAACCCAAAGAGAAGGACAAGAAAGAUGUUGCAGUGGUGUCCAAGCAUGAACAGAAAGAUCAGUAUGCAUUCUGUCGAUAUAUGAUUGACAUAUUUGUCCAUGGGGAUUUAAAACCAGGACAAAGCCCAGCCAUACCACCUCCAUUACCAACAGAACAAGCUUCUGGACCCACUUUGGCAUCACCAACUCUUGAAGGCAAAGAAGAAGAAAAGAAGAAAGCUGAGAAUAAAGUGACUUCCGAAACAAAAAAAAAAGAAAAAGAAGAUGUCAAAAUGAAAACUGAGAAGGAAACUACCAUGGAUGUAAAGAAAAAAGAUCCUGGCAAAGUCCCAGAAGCCAAACAAGGGACAAUAAAAAUUGCAGCACAAGCAGCAACUAAAAAAGAUGAAAAGAAGGAAGAUUCCAAGAAAACAAGAACAACUGCAGAAGAACUACCCAAGGGAAAAAAACAGGAAAAGAAAGAAAAACAUGUAGAACCAGCAAAGUCACCAAAGAAGGAACAUUCAGCUCCAAGUGAAAAACAAGUUAAAGCAAAAACUGAACGAGCCAAAGAAGAGGUUGGUGCUGCCUCAACUAAAAAAGCUGUACCUGGAAAGAAGGAAGAGAAAAAAACCAAGACAGUGGAGCAAGAAAUUAGAAAAGAAAAAUCCGGGAAGACUUCUUCAGUUCUGAAGGAUAAAGAGCCUAUUAAGGGAAAAGAAGUGAAGGUUCCAGCUUCCCUAAAGGAAAAAGAACCUGAAAUUAAAAAAGAUGAAAAAAUGUCCAAAGCAGGCAAAGAAGUCAAGCCCAAGUCUCCACAGCCACAAGUAAAAAAAGAAGAUAAGCCAGAGUCACAAGUUAAAAAGGAAGCAAAACCAGCUUCAUCCGAAAAAGCUCAAAUACACAAACAAGACAUAGUGAAACCAGAAAAGACUGUUUCUCAUGGUAAACCAGAUGAAAAAGUUGUCAAGCAGGCAAAAACUAUCACAAUAGAAAAAACAGUCAAACCCAAACCAACAAAAAAAGCUGAACAUCAAGAAAAAGAAUCUCCAUCUAUAAAAACAGACAAGCCAAAACCAACUCCAAAGGAAACAUCAGAAGUAACAGCAUCAGUGAAGAAGAAAAUUGAAAAAUCUGAAAAGGAAAGUAAAGAAAAAGCAGAAAUGAAACAUCUUAAAGAAGAAAAAGUGCUAACUAGAAAAGAAAGUCUUCAAUUACACAAUGUGACAAAAGCAGAAAAACCUGCAAGAGUAUCAAUAUGCGGGCCUCUCACUGUUGUGGCCUCUCCCGUUGCGGAGCGCAGGCUCCGGACGCGCAGGCUCCGGACGCGCAGGCUCAGCGGCCAUGGUUCACGGGCCCAGCCGCUCCGCGGCACGUGGGAUCCUCCCAGACCGGGCCACGAACCCGCAUCCCCUGCAUCGGCAGGCGGACUCUCAACCAUUGCGCCACCAGGAGAAGAUUCUGAAGACAUACCAGCUUCAAUGAAAGCUAAAGGAGAAGAUUCUGAAGAUGUACCAGCUUCAACGAAAGCUAAAGAAGAAGCUGAAGAUGUGUCUUCCACAAAGAAACAAAAAAGCCCCAUCAGCUUCUUCCAGUGUGUCUACUUGGAUGGAUACAAUGGCUAUGGAUUUCAGUUUCCUGUCACUCCUGCACACCACCCUGGAGAGAGCUCUGGCCAACCAAGUUCUCCAGGACAGAAGCAACAAGGACAAUAAGACACAUAUAUACAGCCCUUACAAGUGCUUUAAGACUUUGAAAAUAGGAUCUUCUGUUUGUCCAGAGUGGCACGUGCAAUUGUAAUCAUAUAGUCCGGGGAAUUUCUUUGAAACUGUUUUACUCUUCUGCCUGGUGUAGAAAGAAAGAGUGAGCAAAGGGACUGAAUGAUAAGUAGACAAGUUGGAGGGUCUGGCGCUCAAGAAUCUGUCAUUGGUUUGUUGCUGGGUGUGGGUACUUAUGUUUUUCUAUUUCCACUCACUGUAGGGUUGUUCACAAAUUAAGUUAAAUUUUACUUAAUAAUGGUCUUUUAAACAUAAUUGACACAAUGACAAAAUGACAUUUCUGCCUUCAGUUAGAUAUUUACUUUUAAGUGAAAACACGGACUAUGCUAUAAGUUUAAAGUGUAUAGGAGCUUAUACAAAAGCUGCUCUUUUGCAUCAUGUAGGUAUCUAAACUCAAUUUACCCAGUAAGCUGAUGUUUAAUAGUUUUUAAAAAAAUCUUUAUUGGAGUAUAAUUGCUUUACAAUGGUGUGUUAGUUUCUGCUGUAUAACAAAGUGAAUCAGCUAUAUGUAUACAUAUAUCCCCAUAUCCCCUCCCUCUUGUGUCUCCCUCCCACCCUCCCUAUCCCACCCCUCUAGGUGGUCACGAAGCACAGAGCUGAUCUCCCUGUGCUAUGCGGCUGCUUCCCACUAGCUAUCUAUUUUACAUUUGGUAGUGUGUAUAUGUCCAUGCCACUCUCUCACUUCGUCCCAGCUUACCCUUCCCCCUCUCCGUGUCCUCAAGUCCAUUCUCUACAUCUA